CUAUGGACCAUUCAAACAUCAUCAGAGUCUCACACACCAGCUAUAAUUGACUGCAGCCAAUAAUCCAAGGAAUUACCAACUCUCUCUCUCCUCAUCUCACAAAUCAAAGCUCAUCAGUUUCAAUGGCCAAAGUUCAUCCUUUCCUUCUUCUAGCUAGCGAUGAGGAAGAUUCUGCUUGCAGCUCUUCCUCUACUACUUCUUGCAUGACCGCUUCCAAGACAGAAAGCUAUACUAUAUGGAUGAAAUCCCUUGUCAUGCAAGCAAAUGGAUGCACUGUUUACAAUGAUAAUGGUGAGAUCGUUUAUCGUGUUGAUAACUAUGACAAGAAGGGGAGCAGUGAGGUUUAUCUCAUGGAUCUUAAGGGCAGAGUUCUUUUUACUAUAAGGAAACAAUUGCUUUUCAGACAAUGGAAAGGUUACAAAAGUGAUGAGUUGAAAUCAAGAAAACAAAAGCCUUUCUUUCAAGUUCGACAAAGUUCAAGAAUUCUCAAACGCAAUUUAUCUUGUAAAAUUGCUGUUAGAUCUGGUACUUGGCAAGAUGGUUACUACAAGUUAAAAGCCUCAGCUGGUAAAUCAGCAUUCAAGAUCACAGAUAGCAACGGAGGACUAGUUGCAAAGGCUACAAGAAAGCAAACAUCUACAGGAAUAGUAUUAGGAGAUGAUGUAUUGACCUUGGCGGUGGAGCCUCAUGUCGAUCACUCUUUUAUCAUGGCUCUAGUGACUGUUUACGGGUUGAUGAUUCACAGGCUGUAAAUUUACUGCAGAGAAAGAAAUUCUUUGACUGACUUUAGGUUUGCCAAUUUUCUUAGCUGAUCUGGGAGGAUUUUUGUUCUUUUUCUUUUUCGGGAAUUUAAUCGACUGUUUUAGCAAUAGAUUUGGUUUCUCUCUCUCUUCUUUAACAAUUGUAUACAGAGCUGUAAUUAGACACAAAUUCAAUACAAAUUACAUAAAGCUUCAGUUUUCUUA